UUACAUUGACGUCGCAAAAUACACCAUAAAAAUAAAAAUAAAUUUAUUUAGAAAUAGAAUUGAUAAGUAAAUGUAUAUCUCACAUGCCCAAUAGCGAUAACAAGUGGUAAAAUGUAAAGUUCUACGAUAUUCUUCAGUUAUUUAAUUGGCAAUUGAAUAUUUUACAUGAUUUUUUUACUCCAUAUUUGCUCAAUGCUGUGAGUUUAAAGUUACAUGGCUGCCAACAUUUGAAUAUGAAAAGUGGCAUGGAAAACCAAAACAAACCAAUUUUCUUGCGAAAUGUUAUAAAUAAAACAGUGAAUAAAUUGGAAUAAGUAAUAAAAAAAAUGGGUAAAUUUACUAAGAUUCCUCAACAAAGGCCUAGUUGGAGUACUGAUGAAUUAAAAUCGAUUGAUGCAGCACGAGUUUUGGUUCAUAGAAUAGAAAAACAUGAAAGUUUGGUUAGAAACUCUGAGCUAAAGAUGAAAAGUUGUUCCAGAAAGCUCAAGGAUCUCAUGAUCCGUAGGAACAUUAUGAAGGACUACAAUCCUGAGGCGAAUGUUUUUCCCGCCUUUAUCAAUUCCCAUGUACAGGAGAGUCUCAAUUGGGAAAUUGUCCAGAAACGGAAUGAACUUGAGGACAUUGUAGACAAUCUUUCAAAAUCCCUGAAGUCUACAGAAACAGCUAUUCAAGAUGUUGAAAAGGAUCUGCAGACGGUGCUCUUGGAAGAAGAAAAUUUGUCUAACCAUCAGAAGGAUCUGAUAAAUCUUCUCAACUACAUUUUAGAUGCUUCUCUGAGCAUACAUGCUUAUUAUACGACUUAUCAGAUGAAUAUGGAAUUAAAUAACGAGAUGACACGAGAAGAAAAUUCUGCUCAAGAAGACUUUCAUAGAAAAGAUGAUUCAAGAGAGUUUUCCCACUUUAUCAGAGACUUUCUCUGUCGGUGUCGACUGGAGAAAAUAUUGAACAUGCCAGAGGAUGCGUGUGAAGGAAACGAAUCGUGAUUUAGCUUAUUAAUUCAAAAUUUUUCAAAUAAAUACGAACGAAAAGUUAA